AUGACCGUCGAACUUGUUGCAGCACACUGGCCAGCACGGCAAAUGUCGGUUGUCAUUGAUAUCAAGCUGGUAGAGAACGAUGCGUUCGAGGCCACGCUGGAGUUUGGCGUCCGAUUGCUCAGGCCUCGCAAUGCCGUUCUCGGCCACUACCUUCACACCUGCAGAGUGACUGUGGCGGAUGAUGACACUUUCCCAACAAACAGGAACGCUGACAAGCUGCGCGAAGACAGUGCAGCUGAAAUCCAACCAGUGGUCUUGUGGUGGGAAUAUCUCAAGAUGAGCCUCAAGGACCGAAAGGUCAGAGUGGCGGCAACUUAUAACCUUCUCACGGAUCAGGUACGGAACUUGGCCUACCUGUGGCAAGUAAUGCUGACCAAGUACUUGAUCGACCAAGUCCUAGCAGACGAGCCUCAGCCUUUCUUCACGGACCCGAUCAUGCCCCAAGGCAGGGAGGAGCGAGUGUGGCUCACGAUUGCGUUUUCCUUCGUGCCACAUGCAGUCAUGCUGGUGCUGAACCGACUGAAGGCUGAGAGGCGCAUCCAGGGCAUGGUCGUCAAUCAGCUACAAGGCAAUUUGCUGAGGAAAUUCUUGAAUUACAACGAAGACUCGCGAGACUCUGUGUCGACAUCGGACUUAGCAAUGGCCAUAACCCGUGAUGUCCCUGAACUGGUGGAGCACGGCUUUAUGGGUAUUUUUGAGCUUGUCGAGAAUCUCGGCUUGGUCAUCGUGCUCGGUAUCCUCAUGCUGGCGCAGAGUCAGCUGUCGGCGUUGACUCCGAUUUGUUUCUUUCUCAUUCCGCUGGCGAUGCUGAUAUUCAUCUAUAUUCGCCAUCCUGAAACUGAGCGCCGAGACCGCUUGGUGUUCCAGCGACAAACCGAGAUGUUAAUCUUGGUGCACCAAGUGACAGACAACACUCGAUUGAUCACCGAUUACUUUCAGCGACCGACGAUGGUGGUCAGCUUUAACGGACGAGUUGCAGAAUGCAACAAAGCAACCACUCUUGCGACAAUGUUCAGGGUUACAAACUCGGAGUUCGCGCCUUUCAUGACGACCGUCGUCAUAGCCAUUUAUGUCAUCUUCCAUUAUGCGUCUGUCGUGGAUAAGACAAUCACCAUCGGUGAGUUUCUGACCUCUGUGGCUGUGUGGCGAAGCAUUGGCUCAGCUUAUCAGAAUGCCUACAAGGAUAUGCUGCAGAUCCAACAGGCAGCCGCUCCGCUUCUGAAUGUCAUACACUAUAUGAACCUGCCUGUUGACACGACGGACAGGAUGUUGAUCACGAGGGAAAUGCAAGAGUUUGGCAAGACAGCACAGAUGAAGGCGCACCAUCAACUUUUCCGUAGUCUUCCGGCGAACUCACCGUUUGUGGAAGAAAGUAGCUGCGUCAGUUUCAAUGGGGAGAAGUUGACGGCCAAGUACCCGCAGGAUCUGAUUCAGAUCUAUGCAGACAACAUCAACUUUGCCUACCCUGCACGGACUGGAGGAGGCAUAGACCUGCUGCGGAAUGCCACCUUCAAAAUUCCACAAGGCCAGCUAGUGGCUGUGGCGGGUCCAAAAGGAUGCGGCAAGAAGACUCUUCUGGACUUUCUGCCUGAGCUCAUUGCCGGCAUUCUGCUACCGACCAGCCACACCAAGCUCUUCGUGCCUCCGCACUUGCGGGUUCUGCAUGUGUCCAAAGAUCCGCAGCUGUUGCCAGAGAUCACGCUUUUUGAGAAUCUCACCUUCGGCCCCUCAGAUGGUCAAGAUGAAGAGGAGGAAAGGGUCUUGGCAAUUUGCAGGCGGUUGGGCCUCAGCGCAGAUGCUGUCAAGCUGGUUGAAGCCUCCAUACAGAGACAGGGAGAUGUGAAGAAGUCCAAGGCGGCAGACAAGUUGCGCGUGGUUGAACGCCCGGCAAAGUCGGGUUCUGCGCAGUCGUCCGCACUACGAGAGCUGCAGGAGAAGAACCAAGCCCCUGAAAACAGCUUGCCUUUCACGGAGAAGUGCCUUCUGCACUUAGCAAGAGCUCUGGUCAUGAACCCAGAAGUCCUCAUAUUGCACAAGCCACUGGAGCAUUUCGACUAUGUGUUCGCCCGCCGCGUUGUGGAGAUACUUCGUGAAUUCGUGGACUUGCGGGGUUUGGAGAAGCCGAGAGAAACGCUGCACCUUCGGAGCCCCAGGACGUGCAUUUUUUCUGUUGGUCACCUGGAAAACUUGGAAGAUGUGGACACCCUUCUCCAGGUAACCAACAAGCAGGUCGAGGCAGUUGAUCUUGAUUCUCUUUGUCGAUUGAAGCAGGAGGUUGGACAGCUUUUUCACGUCUUGGACAAAAAUGUUGACAACUUGUUGGAUCGCGAAGAGUUCAUGGGAAUGGCCGAGGAAGCACCCGCCUCAGUGGAGUUAUUCGGCAUCAAAGAGGGUGCUGGAACCGUCACCGCAAAACAUGAGCUCAACAAGAUCUUCGACAAAGUCGAUGACAGUCAAGGUGGAAAGAUUGAUCAGGAAGAGUUCGUCGCUUUCAUUCGGCUACAGUUCGAUGACCAAUUGGCGGAAGCGGUGCAGGCUAUGAAGAAUCCCGUGGGCGCAAGUCAAAAAAUCGCAGAGAUUCAAUCCCAGAAGGCGAAGCGUAAGCAGCUGGAGUUUGCCAGCUCACCCGGAUACAAGCACCUGGAUGCGUGGGAUUCGCCUGAGAUCCCUGCCCACACGGCCAUACUCGGCUUCCCUGUGACUUCCAAGAAGUUGCCGAUCACGGCAGAUGAAGUCUUUACAGGUGUGGUUGGUUCCUUGGUGCAGCAGCGGGCUAUCCAUGUUCCUGUGCCCCUAACCCGGCAGCUGACAAGCUUGGCCGGCAAUUUGUGGAAUGGUUCGCUUCAGAACAAGCGAGCCGAGCGCAACGAGCUCUUGUUGUGUCAUGAGUUCCACAGCAAGAAGUUCGUUUUGCCAGACAAAGAAAGCAUUUCGCAGAAGAAACGGCGUCUCCAAAUCGAAGGCGGACAAGGCAUCUCGGCAGGCUUCGAUGAUCCCGAGGAACCUGAAGCACAGGCAGGCGGCUCCCGAAAGGGCAAAGUGGCCUACAGCGGAGGCCUCGUGCUGGAGCCGCAGGCCGGCUUGUACGACGAUCUUGUCAUGCUUCUGGACUUCAACAGCUUGUACCCGUCCAUCAUCCAGGAGUACAACAUCUGCUUUACCACAGUGGACCGACCUGACGAGAACGAGGUUGCGAAGAUGACCAGCGAGGCACAGCUACUGUCAAAGACGCGUGAACCAGAUGGAACUGCGGAAGAAGGCAUUUUGCCACAGGUGCUGCGACGUCUUGUCGACAGUCGUCGAGUCGUGAAAGCAUCGAUGAAGUCGGAGAAGAAUCCAAAGAUUCUACAGGUGCUAGAGAUCCGUCAGAAGGCGCUCAAGCUAACAGCAAACUCCAUGUAUGGCUGCUUGGGUUUUCAGAACAGUCGAUUCCAUGCAAAGCCCCUGGCAGCGCUCAUUACGGCGAAAGGCCGAGAAGCUUUGCAAAGCACGACGACAGUCGUGAAGCAAGAAUUGCAACUGGAGGUGGUGUAUGGUGACACAGACUCCGUCUUCGUCAACUCGAAGACGGCUGACUUCCAGCAGGCGAUGCACAUUGCCGAGCAAAUCAAGCGCGCGGUCAAUAAAAGGUAUCGCCGGCUGGAGAUCGAGAUCGAUGCAGUCUUUGUGCGUCUCAUGCUUCUCAAGAAGAAGAAAUAUGCUGCUCUCAAGGUUGUGAACUGGGAAAAGAAGCUCUUCGAGCAGGAGCUCAAAGGCCUGGACAUCGUGCGAAGGGAUUGGUGCGGUCUGGCCAAGGAGAUGGGAGAAGCGAUCCUCACAAAGAUUCUCGAUCCCAAUAUGAACAAAGAAGAGUCCAUCGAGUGGGUGCACCAGUUCCUGAGUGAGCAAGCGAAGAACAUGGAUGACGGCCAGGUGCCACUGGACAAGUUCGUGAUCACGAAGGGUCUCACCAAGGAUCCCAAGGACUAUCCAGACGCCAAGAAGCAGCCGCAUGUCCAGGCUAACCGCGCGCACUUGUCGAUUGAGUUCCGGUUUUCAGUUUACUUCGAAGAUCAGCCGGGAUUAUGGUGCGAAAUUUCGGAUUGA